GCCACUUGUAUAACUGUCGGUGUCAGGAAGGCUGCAAAUGAUCGCGGCCGUUGAUAUUAUCUAGUAGUGUAAGAGAAUUGUUUUCGAAAAAUCACGAUGUUGGAACUUUACGGAGUGGUGCCCGGUGGUGUUGCUGGUGCCAGUGGUGCCGGCUCCGCAGGUGGACAGGGCUCCGAUCAUCACGUUCACCAUAAUCAUAUAAAUAAUCGAAGCCAUCAACAUCUACGUCAACAUCCGCAUCAUCAUCAUCAUCAUCAUCAUCAAGAGGGUGGAGGCGUCGGCGUGGAUUACCGUAUAGUGCCACCGCCACCGCCCCGACGUGUCAGUACGCUGCAGUCCGACCAAUUCGUUGCUCUCGAGACGUGCCUGCAGCUCUCGUCGCCGGAAUUAAUGAGGAAAGUGCCAAACACAGCCGGCUCGGCGACGGCGGCCGUGGCUUCGGUGACGCCGCAACAGUUACUCGGCACUUCUGGACGCUGCUGCCCGAGCAGCGGCAUCAUCAGGCCUUACUCGCCCGACAUCAGGGCGAAGAUUCAACAAGCCAACGGAGGCAAUGGUGGUGGUGGUGGCGAAGAUUCUUCCUUAUCCCCCGCCAAGACGAAUCAAGAUUCAUGCACGGCAAAGCGGAAAAACGGAGGUGGGCAGCGUAGUUGGGCCAUGAAGGCUGGCCUCUUCCUGUUGGCGUGUGCCUUAAUAGCUGGUAUCGGCUUGCCUUUGGCUCUUGAACUCAGGAGCUCGAAUCUGUUGGAAGCCAGACUGAGGGUAGUGAGGAAAAUUCUCUCCAAGACUCCGCUCAUCGAUGGUCACAACAAUUUCGCGUGGACGCUGCGCAAGCAGCGCGGCAGCACCCGACUGCGCGACGUGCCCUUCGACGAGGACCUGUCCAAGAACAGCUCGUGGGGCCCGAGCUGGCAGACGGACCUGCUGCGGCUGCGCCGCGGCAUCGUCGGCGCCCAGUUCUGGUCGGCCUACGUGCCCUGCGAGGCGCAGUUCCUCGACGCCGUCAAGCUCACCCUCGAGCAGAUCGACGUGGUGCGCCGGCUCGCCUCCAAGUACUCGCGCAAGAUGCGCCUGGUGACGAGCUCGAGCGAGCUCGAGCAGGCCCAUCGCGACGGCAUACUCGCGAGCCUGGUGGGCAUCGAGGGUGGACACAGCAUAGGGGCGAGCAUGGCCGUGCUAAGGAGCUUCCAUCAUCUCGGCGCGAGAUACAUGACGCUCACGCACAAGUGCAACACGCCUUGGGCCGACUCGGCGAUAGCCGACGACCCGGACAAGGACCUGGUGACGCUCGGAUUCUUCAGCGACGGCCUGACGAGCUUCGGCAAGGCAGUGGUGCGCGAGCUCAACCGGCUGGGCAUGCUGGUCGACCUGUCGCACGUCUCGGUGCGCACGAUGCGCGACGCCCUGGCCGUCUCGAGCGCGCCCGUCGUCUUCUCGCACAGCGCCGCGCGGGCCCUCUGCAACUCCUCCAGCAACGUACCCGACGACGUCUUGAGAAAUUUGACGCUAAACGGUGGCCUGGUGAUGGUGAGUUUCGACAGCGCCCAUCUAAGCUGCGGAGAUAAGGCAUCAAUGCACGACGUCAUAGCUCAUAUUAAUCACAUAAGGAAAGUAGCCGGGGUCGAUCACGUCGGACUCGGCGCAGGAUACGACGGAAUAUCGAGCCCACCGAGCGAGCUGCCCGACGUCUCGGGCUAUCCGCUGCUGUUGGCCGAGCUGACGCGCGACCGUCGCUGGCCCUCGUCCGACAUCAAGAAGCUCGUCGGCGGCAAUCUGCUGCGCGUCCUCAAGGAGGUCGAGCGCCAGGCGACGAGCUUGUCGAAUCAGAGCCCCGCCGAGGAGUGGAUACCGCGCGAGCUCAUCGAGGACACGGCCUACUGCAGGUAUCUCGGCGUCUGAGAUAUCAUUAUCUCAGGCAUGCUAGCUCAGUAUAUGAUGAUUGUUUAUUAUGUACGAUAAAAAAAAUUUCUCCGAGGGCCAAUUUACGCUGAAAAAUUUCGAGUUAUAUUAUAUUUGUUCGUAUGCGAUGCGAGCGUAUUUCAAACGAUCGCCACUCGUAUUUGAAUUCGAAAUAACAAGGACGAGCGUACAUAAAUAUAAUAUAUAUAGAAAUCAAUAAUUGAAUAUUACACGAUGUGUAAUAUAACUGUAUAAAUAUUACAUUGUUAUCGACACUUGUUUGAUGAUUUUCGACUCAUAAAUAUAGGAAACAUAGAAGAUGUAGAUAAAAAAAAAUAAUAAUAUAUAGAUAAUUCAAUUGUUUUCUAUUCGAUUCUCCAUUAGAUUUUGAAGAAAUAUAACGUUGUUGUGGCCGACGAAUUCAAUUGUGAUCGAUUUUAUUAAUGGUUGUUCAUUCCUCUAUCUGUACGUUUGCGUGUUUGCGUGUAUGUUUGUGCGUUUUUGGGUAAAUGAGACUAUGUGGUGUACGCGACUAAUGACGUUUGUACGAAAAAUGCCAAAAAAAACUUAUUCACGCGCACAAUAAUUACUUGGACUGGCAGACUUUUUCUAAAAAAAAUCUCAAUUAUAAAUAGAGUGAUGACGAAGCAAAAACCGAGUAUUAACGAUAUGAUCUAUAUCUUGUGUUACUCGGAAAAGCCGGUAUACAUAUUAUUAAUUACAUUAUAUAGAUAGAUAAUAAGAAUGAAGAAAAAAUAAUAGUUAAACAUUACGAAUUGUUGUACACGGGUGAUAGCAUUUGUUACACACUGGCUUUAUAAUAAUUAUGAAAAAAAAUAUCACGUACUGCUGGUGGCGAUUACUUCGACGAAUGUGAGUAAUGCGCGAACUAGUUUGUAUUUUUGUGUAAAUAAAGAGAC